AUGGGUGAUGAUGACUAUGGUGUGCUGGAGAACAAUGACUGCGAGGCAGCACAGCAGACUAGUGACAUCAUCUUCAGCACCAACAUAGGCCCCGCCCACAGCCUACACAGGAAACAGCGGUUGUGGCAGAACUCAGUCAGAAACAUCAUCGACCAGCACAACCUCUACUCACUGAGGCUUGCCGGGGGCCUGGAGAGAGGCCGGCACAGCAUCGUUGUGACUGACGCCUACAUCGUUGAAAUCAACAGGCAGAUCCGCAGUAAGGUAUCUCGUGGAGUGUACUCACAGAAGCGGCGCUCAUCGGUGGCUCGUAUCCACCCAGGGACACCAAGGUCUCUGGACUUGGAGCAGCUGUACCAGCAGUUUUCCUCUGCUCAGAGAAGAACUUCUCUGGUCAUCACCAACAUCAUCGACAUCCUGACCCGACUUCUCGCAUUUGUGUUGAUGUGGCCGCCAGGCCAGGCCACCCUUGGCUGCGAUUGGCUAGCCGGCCUGUUGCUCAUCCUGUGGGCAGGGAUCUGUGUACUGGCAUUGACCAGGAGGGAGGUGAUGUCAUCACCACAGUGGCUGAGGUACCUGUCCGUGAUGAGCUGGGUGUCUCAGACCGCCCAGAUGCUGGUUGGUGUCUUCACCUGUGUGGGGAGCGACCACUCCUGGUACAUCUUCUUCACUCUGUUUUCUACCUACACCCUGCUGCCCCUCCCCCUCCUGUGGUCCAUCAUCGCUGGGGCAACCACCUCCACCCUGCACCUGCUGGUGGAUGUCUUCUGUCACUAUGGUGACCACACCUUCAUCAGAAAGGUGCUGUCGAAGGCCCUGCUGUACCUGGCUAUGAACACAGCAGGCCUGUUCAUCCACUACUUGUCUGACCGGACGCAGAGACAGGCCUUCCUGGAGACCAGGCGCUGUAUCGAGGGACGAGUCCGAUUGGAGAGAGAAAACUACAGACAGGAGCGUCUAGUGAUGUCAAUCCUGCCUCGGUUUCUGGUUCUCGAGAUGAUCUCUGACAUGGCCACCUUGGACGAAUACCUGCUGCCCCAGCAGAUUUAUAAGAUCUACAUUCACCACUACAAAGAUGUCAGCAUCCUGUUUGCUGACAUCAUUGGCUUCACUUCGCUCUCGCUGAUUUUAUCGGCUCAGAAACUCGUCAAAACUCUCAACGAACUCUUUAGGCGAUUUGAUCAGCUGGCCGAGGAGCAUCAGUGUUUGCGUAUUAAAAUCCUGGGUUACUACUGCGUGUCAGGAGUCCCGGAGCCUCAGAGAGCGCACGCCCGCUGCUGUGUGGAGAUGGGCCUCAGUAUGAUCAACACGAUACGUUAUGUUUGUCAGGAGCUGCAGCAGGAGCUGGACAUGAGGAUGGGGUCCACUCCGGCUCAGCUCUCAGUGAGGUGAAGGGUGUGUUGCACUGCUGUGUUUCAGAAGUGGCAGUUUGACAUCUGGAGCUGGGACGUCGACAUCGCCAACAGUCUGGAGGCUGCUGGAGUGCCGGGGUCAGACACACUCGCACGUCUCAUUAACACCCUUAUUCACAUCUCUCGAGCCACUCUCGACUGUCUGGGUGGGGAUUAUGAGACAGAGGCAGGGAACGGCCAGGAACGCAACGAAUUUCUACGAAAACACAACAUCGACACAUACUUGAUCUGCUCGGUGCCACAGCCUCCGAAAAUCCUCGCCACCUUCACCAAUGGCUCACUAACCCAGCUGCCCAAUCAGACCGCUGCUCAACGGACGGGCUCUCGGGAAGUCAACCAGAGGAUUCGCCAGGCCAUGGAGGUUCGGAGCAGCGAGCGAAUGAGGAAAGAACAUAUCACCACCUUCACACAGGUGUUCAAGGACUCACACAUGGAGGGAAAGUAUUCCCAAAUGAGAGAUGAACUCUUCAAGUCCAACAUGGUUUGUUCCUUCAUCUUGCUGCUGCUGCUGAUGGCUGUCCAAGCGCUGAUCAACGCCCCCAGGUUGUGUCCGAUAGUUGCUCAAUUUGUAAUCGGUGGCAGCAUUUACUUCCUGCUCCUGCUGCUGUGUCUGGGGGAGGGGUUUAAGUAUUGCCCCACCCCUCUCCAGUCACUCUGUUGCUGGAUUCAUGAAACCAAGAGUGCCCGGACGCUGCUCACGCUCACCGCCAUCACCGUCAACGAUUGCCCAACAGCUGUUGCUUUUGGCAGCAAAAGGUUAAAAGUUUCUGAUGUUUCCUUCCUUCCUUCUUCCCUCCAGCUGUGGUGUGACUCUUCAGAAGCUCCGCCCACCUCCACCUGGCCUGACAUCAACAUCUGUACACAUCCAGAUUACAUGGUGCUGAGUGGUGUGGUUGCCAUGGUUACCUGCGCAGUGUUCCUCAGGCUGAGUUGUGUGCUGAAGCUGGCCUUCCUGCUGUUGGCCGCCGCCCUCUACACCUACCUCAUAGAGAGGCACAGUUGUCCUGCACAGUCACAGUUCUACCACUCAUCUCUCAGGUCACACCAUCUGUGCAGGAAGGGUGUCUGUGUGGUUCUCAUGGUGAUGUUUGUGGUGGCUGUCCUCUACAACAGCAGACAGCUGGAGGCAAUGGCUCAGCUGGACUUCCUGUGGCGCCUCCAGGCGAGGAAGGAGGUGGAGGACAUGAAAGAGCUGAGGGAGCACAAUGAGUGUCUGCUGCUUAACAUCUUGCCCACACAUGUCGCCCAGCACUUCCUGGACAGAGACCGCGACAAUGAGGAGUUGUACUCGCAGUCGUACGAGCGGGUCAGCGUCCUCUUUGCCUCUCUGCCGUGUUUCUCCAACUUCUAUGAGCAGAAGGAGCUUGUUCACCAGCAUGUUGAAUGUCUCCGCCUCCUCAACCACAUCAUCUCUGACUUCGAUGAG